AUGGCGCGUAAAACCACCGUGCCGCAGAGCCAGGCACCCUACCGGCCUAACCGGGUGUCCACCACGGCCAACACCAACACAGAACCACACGAACUGCGUGACAGGUCGCCCGUUGGAUAUAAAAAUGUAUCCGAUACAAAAGAAAAGGAAUCACCAGCAGCAACCCAGUCUAGUGAAGGUGAUGGUCUUUGGUGGGAAGUAAAACGGAUUACUGCAGAACGGCGCAGGAAACGUAAAAAGGAAUACCGAGUGGAAUGGGAAGGUAUUAAUAAAGAAACGGGUGAACCAUGGCCACAGGAAUGGAAACCAUGUCAUUGGGUUACAGCUGCACUCGUAGAAGAAUGGGAGGCGCGAAAGGCCAAAAAAAAGAGAGGGAGGGCCUCGUCCAGUCCCGACCCUGCUCCUCAGGUCGAAGCCAAUGUGUCUAAGCCCGUCCGGAUAUCUAAAGAAGAUAUCGAGCGGUACCAGAAUGGCAAAAAAAGACGAAAACUUACGAUCCAAGAUCCUAUUGUGAUAACCUCUUCGGAAGAAGAGGGGACAGGGGAAGCGGUUCCACUAAAUCCAGCCCCAAAUGAUGAGGAGGAGGAAGAGCCCGGGGUCGGCAUUGGGGAAACUUCUGAAGAUAACCUUGAACCUCGGGCGACUAAGUCCCGUCGACGGAGAAUCGUGGAGUCAAGCCAAAGCGGCGGGAACGUGUCUCAAGUCAAUGUGAACGACGAAGAUUCGCGGACCUCAUCUGAGAAGCUUGUGGCAGUCGAGAUUCCGCUCCGACCCCAGGUUGAUUGUUCACUCUAUUCCUCCUUCCCCGGACCAUCAUCUACACCAAAUGGCAAAGGAGACGAGAGAGCACAGCCUACUCUAAGCAUAUCUAGUUUUGGAGAGGAACACGGUGACGUAGAGGAAAUAGAGGACUCAGAGGACUCAGAAGGAAGAUUGGAAGAGAUAACUGUCUUUGGACGCUCCGAAGAAGCUCAGAUACAAGUAGCCCACACACAAAGCUCUAUUAGGGACAGAAGGGAAAUACCGGACUCACAGUCUUCUGGGGCGACGCCAAUCCACCUAACCCCAGCGGAACAGCGACUAGUGCCCGAGACUCCUCUGCAACGUAUACCAACAGCCAUUCCUCCCCCCACUGAACAAUUACUGUCAGUUCAAGAGAUUGCCCCAGCGGAAGCUGUUUCUAACUCUUCAUCCCCUCGACCUGACCUUGAAGAUGCAUUUGAGACUAUUCCAGAUUCUUCAAAUAGAGUGUUCUCUCAAGAUGUCCGCGACCUCCAGGCUCAAAGUCAGAGCUCAAAGGAAUCCCAACAAAGCUUGCGCACUUCUUUACCAUCAGCACAAUUAAGUCUAGGAAAAGUUGGCGUAACGCCAUCUUUCCAAAGCUUCCCUGAUAGUGAAGAACCCCAGAUACUUGAUGAUGAUGGGAAAAAUUCUGGGGAGGUAUUGAAAGUUAUGUCUAUCGAAUCACCACGGCCGGGUGUGCUGGCUGGGAAAAGUGUUGCGGGUGAGGCUUCGUCCUUCUCUCGCCCAGAUCGACCUUUCCAGUCACAAACACCUCCCACCAACCUUAAACCUUUAACUGCGACCAACAUACCACGCCGCACACAGCAAAGCGCUUCUGUUACUGAUAAAGAUUCGUUUGUAACCCCUACUAGUUUCCCUGAAAGUAGUAUCGAUGGUGCUCUGGAGUUAGCAACAGCUCCAGAACAUCCAUUCGAACCACUUGCAUCACACAGACAUAAUACCAUCCGAAUUCUACAGGAAGCUGUAGAAUCGCGUCCCGAAGACAUCGUGGAUUCGGAUUUAGAGCCUCCAGUGCAGCCAGCUCAGCUGGAAAACACCCCGUCGCACGAUCAGGGACAAAGUGAAGCUGCCGGACUUAGCAAUUCACCACAACUUCGCAGCCUGGAAUCCUGCGAACCUUUGCCAGCUAGUCUUAACCCUGAACUAUUGCAUCCCUCACCAGGAGCUUUAUCACCUGGGGUAUCGAUCCAAACAGAGGACCCUCUUCAAGGCGGCCGCUCUGCUUCGUCGACUCCUUGUGGCCCAAUACCCGCGAGUGCUCGGCCCACUCCUGUGACGGUAUUGGGCUACUUGCAAUCGCAAAGGCCCAACCAGAAAACUUCUGAGGAGAACGAGCACCCUUCGCCUGGCGGCAUCGUAGAAAGUGGCGCACCGCUCUAUCACUCUGUUUCCGAAGAUCCCCAAGGGCAGUCCAAUAUACCCUCAAACAAGGAAGCUAUGUCUGCAGGUCCAAUAUCCCCACUUCUCAAGGUGGUUGAUAUCGCUGUUGCACCAGAGCACCGUCCAAGCCCUCAAAAACAAGUUGUAUCCACAAAAUCCUCUGGUCUGUUACCCUCAUCAACAUCGUCAUCAGAACCUCUCAUUGGUCGUCAAGAUGCGCAAACCCACACGCCACUAGGUCUCGAAGCUACUGUUGCUCUAGGGAAGACACCUGCUCCCGGAGCCCCACUCAUCGAUGAUGAAUAUUUUGCUGCAUCACAAGCGCUUCAUUUACUGCAAGAAACACCCCGCUCAGCCUCGAAUGAGAUAUUCCUAGCAAUUCCACUUACAGUAAGCCAAACACUCAUGUACAAAGAAACCAUCACGGACAGAUAUCGGGAAAUCGAGGCUUUCUACGGGAUUAAUAACACCCAGAAUCAAAGCGGAGAUGUUAGCCCAGGAACUAUUGAGAGAAUCGUUCAUGAUCUUGACCGAAUUUCUAGCCAUUCGCAACUCUCAUACAAUCCAGGUUUUACAGAAAAACUUCAAGGGCCUAGGUUCGUGAAGUGGUCUUGCUGGCAGUCAUCUAAAUUUGAGUUCUUAUAUGAACUUUUGGGAAAGCUCCGGAGGCAGUCUUAUUCCGUUGCUCUUGUCCUAGAGGCUGGAAUGUUUAUGGAUUCUGCCGAUUUGUUCCUCAGAUCUGCGGGUUACCAGUUCACCCGUUUCAGUGCAGAAAACGGAGCAGAUGUUAUUACCCCAACCCCAGAUGCUCAAAUACUCCGCCUCUUUCUAGUGCCAUCCUGUGAUAUGGCCACAGGGAUUUCCAUGCCCUCCGUCAAUCUCGUCGUCGCCGUAGACUCGUCUUUCAAUUCGACCAAUCCGCAUAUCCAGCAGCUUCGAAACAUAGGCCCAUCCGCACAAGCACCAAUUCUUCAUUUAGUACCAAUAAACACUGUCGCUCAUAUUUGUCAAUAUCUCCCUAGUUCCUCUAAAUCUUCAACCCGCGACAUGAUUAGCGACUACCUUAAUCCGGUUUUAUAUGCCGCGAUUCUAUUGCGUGAACAAGCAGGUGUCCUGCCAGAGAAUUCCCAGGGUCCUUUGGAAACUCUCCCUAGUGUCGACAUCUUCGACUGGCUUGAUGAGCUGGUGGCCACAAAAGAUAACCUCCUUCCAUCUUUACCUCUGAAAUCGCAAAAUAUUGAGAGAGGGACACCUGUAGCACGGGGCGAAUCCUUGAGCACUAGUCCUGCCAGGAAGAGGAUACUCUCCCAGAGUGCUACAUCUAGCACCGCGGGUGCCACACAUAAGAGGCCUAGAAUUGAGGUGGAACAGACAUUUUUGGGGCGCAGCGAGGAUAACCCGAUGCCUGAUUCCGAUAAUUUUUCUAGAGAGUUAGGAAAUGAUAUUGAUGCCCUACCGACUGAAGGGUCUGAGGUUAUAUCAAACGUUGUCCCAUCAGCGGAUAUUUCAGGUGCAACCACCCACGCUACAGAAACUAUCCAAAAAGAGGCAGCUAAGUCGGUCGAAGAAUCAGCAGCAUUAGGGGCGCCUGAUGAGGGUGUUGUAGCAGUAAACCAAGAGCCAGUCUUAAGGGUUGAUGCAAUACAAGAAGAUCAGUCCGAUGAAGAUGAAGAGAGCGAAGAAGAGAUAUUAAACCGCUUGAGCAAGGAUGAGGUAGUUUCACUCCUCCGUGAAUAUCAGGCAGCAUUAUGGGAGAGUAAGGUUCGGUCAGACGAAUUUGAGCAACAUAUCUCAAACCGUGAAAUCGACUAUCAAGAACAACGUGAUAAAGUGAUUGGGUUGAAGCAAACAAUCCGGUGGCAGGAAACCCAGAUCGAGGCUUUGACUGAACAGAGGGAUAAGUCACAAACAACACUGGAACAAGCGAUCCGAGAACGUGAUCAGGCCCGUGAAGAACUGAAACGUUUUCGAGAAGCAUUGAAGGACUCUGAAGAGGGUGAAUCCGAACGAGUGAAAAUGAUGAUCCAGAACAUGGAGCUUAACAGCCGGAUCAAUGGUCUUGAACAUAAGCGACAAGCUGCUGCAAAGGAGGCAGAUUUUCUUCGGGAGCAUUACCAAAAGGCUUCACAAGGAACCAAUCUCCUCAUAGCUGAGAAGAAUCAGCUCGAAGAACAAGUGGAGGAUCUCACACGCAAAGCUGAUGCCGUCAAGGUUCAGCUGAAAAAGGCGAAUAUGGACCGUGAGCGUGCAAAAUACCAACAUCGAAUCAGCGAAUUAACUGCGAAGCUAGAAAGAGCUACCAAGCAGAUUAUCUCAUUGGAAGUCGAGAGAAAGCGAGUCGAGAGGACGCGUGGUGUACAAACGAGGUCGUCAAGCAUCCCCCCUCGAGGUGCUCAAUCUAGUCCCGUCCCUACCCGUCCUGGGAGCCCGUCUAUGACCACCCACCGCAGUCUACGUAACAGUGAAAGCGCCUAG